AGCCAAUUGCUAAGAGCUGAGAGCCAAAAGCGUUUUACGUCCGGGUUAAGAUAACGUUAAGCACAAGCUACGGCUGCACAACGACAACAACAACGACGAGGACGACGACCAGGACCAGGUCGACGACUAGAAAGCGCACAUGGCGAGCUGGAGCUGGAGCAUCUUGUGCGCAACGCUGUUGGCCGGCCUCACGUUACUCACGGUGACCCAUACGGUGCGCAUUACCAAUCUCCGUGUGCCGCACACUUACACACUCGAACGUGAUAAUGAGCCCGAUCCUUUGGUGUUGGACUGCGAGUACGAGAUUGGGCCAAGGGAGAAGGGCUUUGUGCUCAAGUGGCUGUUCAAUAAUCAUUCCAUCUAUCAGUGGAUACCAUCCGUAAAGGGUUUUGCCAUGGGCUUCAUGAAGUCAAAGAUAGACACCAAAAUAUUCACCAUGGAGGGCAGUCCCGGUGUUAUAUCGAUAAAGAAUCCCGACUGGAACAUGACGGGGGAAUACACCUGUGCCGUGCAAACCUUUGAGUCCACGGAUAAGCGAAGUGCCCGCUUACAAAUAAUCGUUCCUGAGUCGGAUUUCAUGCUGGAGGCACGCAUGGGGGGCGAGCAGACAGAUGUGGACAUAAUGUGUGCUGUGCAGAAUGUUUUCCCACAGCCGGUGCUAUCUGUCAUUUUUGAUACACAUAUAUUGGACUCGGUGCUGACGCAAUUGGAUCAAAAUCCCAGUGGCCUGUACAGCAUGACAGUGCGAACGCGCAUUCCUAGAGAUCAACUCGAAUCACCCACACCGAUCACAUGUGCGUUUUUCCUGCUCGGCACUAACUAUACCAAGCGCAGGGAGACUAUUUUCUAUGAUAAAGCCACAAAUAUACAACGCAAAUGGACAACAGUCGCCGUAGUUAUGUCGAUCGCAUCUUUAGCUUUAAGCAGUUAGUUUGGUAGUGUUUUUGUAGGCUAUGUACGUAUUUGUUUUUAUGUUCGUAUAGAAUGUUUAAAAGAAAAAUUUCAUUUUUAAAUAGAAUUUUAAAACGAUAAACGUAAUUUUUUGCGGUAUUUUUAAAAAAGCGCUUAUUUUGUAAAUGCAUGUAAAUGUAAGAGAAACGAAUGAUACACACGCAUACACACCUAUAAACACAUACACGCAUAAACAUACAAACAGACAAAAUUAAAAAGAAACAACAACAAA